AUGACACUUAAUUUACCACACGCCAAAAUUACCAGCAUUGAAAGUACAACAAGAAAAAGUAUGAGUAAUAACCAACCAAGCAAAGAUGAUGUCUUAGACUUCAUCAAUUCACUUCCCGAUUCUAAACCAUCUACUCCAAAACUUCCAAUUGGUAAGAAAUCAAGUGAUUUUGACAAUACUUCAAUCUCCUCGUCUGGAACCACCAAAAAGGAAGAAAAUCCAGAAGAUUUAUUGGACUUUCUUGAUGAAUUGGCUCAACAUGAAAAGAAACGUCCAACUAAGAGAUUAGAACCCAAGAAAACCGAUACAAUUUCAGCCACUCCUCCUCAUCCUCAAGCUCCUGCGGAUGCAACACCUUCUGCGACUGAUGUAGUUGGCAGCACUGAUGCAACUACUGGUCCUUCAUCGUCUGACACUUCCAAAUCUGAUGAUGGCCAUACCACUAAUGAUGCUGGUGCUGAACUAGAAAUUGGUGAUCCAAUAAGUUCAAUUACAAAUUGGUGGUCGACUCAAGGUUCUAAUAAAGUAUCAUCUCUUUGGGGAUCGAUAACUACUAAUGCGGAAAAGAUUACUGAACAAACUUAUCAAUUGGCUCUGACUACCACGAAUAGAAUUAAUCAAGAACGACAACAAAUUGAUACAGCUGAUAUUUCUAAUAAAUUGAAUUCCAUGAUUCUUAAUGUUGGUCAAUCUAUUAAACAAGGUAUAUUAGAAGAAUUGGGUGAUGUUAAUGAAGUAUUGAAUAUUUUCGUUGUAUGUGAUUUAUAUAAUUUAUCAUAUUUGGAUCGAAUUGUAAAUGAAAAGUUUUCCCAGGUGAUGAAGCAAGUUGAAGGUGGGGUUAGAGUAGCUGUUCAUCAAUUCAAUUCCCAUUCCACUUCACAAGAACCUCUGAAUACUACUUUGAAUUUGUUUUAUGGGAAAUUAAUCGAUGGUGAAAAAUUAUGUUUUGCAAAUUUAGAAAGUUCAAUUAAAGAUUAUAGAAGACUUCAAGCUGCCAAUGCACCAAAACAAGACAAUGAAGCUCAACAACCUGCGGAAGAAGAUGAAGAAUUAGUAAAUACUUCAAAUAUUUUCAUUUCUAUUCAACCAAUAUGUACGAAAUCCGAUUCUUCAAAACUGACUACAACUGAUUCAACUACCGUUAUUGAAGGGACAAAUCCUGAUUCAUUUAGUUUUACAAUCAUCUUCAAGGAUAUAACUAAUGAUAUUUCAAUCAUUACUAAAUCCCAAGCAUUCCCAUUACGUUGGGCUUCUUGGCUUGAUGGAGAUGAUUUGAGUAUAAUGGGAGAAGAACCAGAGGGAGAAGUGGAUCCAAGGGAAUGGGUAAGUGGUUGGAUUAAAGAUGGAUUGGCAUUGAGUUUAGGUGUGGUUGCCCAAGAAUAUGUUAUUAAGAGAAUGGGUAUUUAG